AUGAUCACGAUAGCCUUUGCGCUGUUAAGUCACGUGACUUGCAGCAUUUUUGAGGACAUGGGUGUGACGUGUGAACUGGAACAAGAAUCAGUUCGAGUUUGCGACAAUCAAGAAGUCAAGGUCAACAAAUGCCGAGGAACAUGCCGAUCGUGGAGUAGGAUUAUAAUGACCAAACCUUGGUACAGGACCACGUGCGCUUGUUGCAAAAGCGAAACAUCUACCUACAAGACAGUCUCCUGUAACGACGGCAGCGUUAAACAAAUUUUUAGCGCUGUUUCUUGCCAAUGUCAAAUGUGUAACGGGGCUUAG